AUGCAUCCGAAUCCCCCAUGGCAUAUUGUUAAUAGUGAACUUGUGUGUUUACCUCUGUUCUGGACUGUGGCCAUCUACACAUGCCAACUUCUUCGCAAUAAUCUUCGCCGUAAGAAACAAUCAAAUCAGGUCAAAUGGCCAGUCGAUGCUAUUGCAAUCAAUUUUGGUCAGUGGGAAUCAGCAGGUUCAACAGUAAAAUACGCACUUGAUUGUCAUGGUCAUGCUCACUUAUUACUCACACUUGAUUUCAUUGAUCAAUGUGAUGAGAAAUUUUAUCCUGCAUUGAAAGGUCGUCAAGAUGCACCACCUUAUUAUUUAUAUGAAAACGCUAAAUGUCUCGAAGAUGAGCGAUUACAUGGCUACGAAAUGCGAGUUCUUCAACAAGACAUGAAAAUUUGUCUAACCAAUAUUGAACAGAUAAAAGCAAAAGAAACAGAACAAGACGAAAAAAUCAGUAAUAUGCGCAACAUUUUCGAACGAAGCAUUAAAAGUCAAGACGACAAUCAAGAUACUGGUAGUUGGAAAUCAUCAUUAAGAAAAUUUAGUUUAUAUCAUACAGAUCGAACAAAUAUCAAUUACAGGUACUUUGAUUGCCUAUAUUAUGAAGUGCCCGAUAUCAAUAUUCAAAAUCUACGAACGUCAAAUAAUCUGAAAAAUAAUUAUCAAAUAAUUCCAUAUUGUAUACGUCCAUUAUUGGAAAGUGAAAUUUAUCAUGAAAUAAAUGAAGGAAAUGUUUUAUCUCGAUUUACAUUUGAAGAAUUACGAGCGAAGCAGGUAACUACACAAAAUUUGAUUUUAUGGUCAGCACCAAUUGAUCUUAUCGAACAUUAUGAUGAAUAUAUUGAUUCCCCAUUAAAUACAUUAUCAAAACUUGAUAUAUUCUACAAUUGUUCGUCAUUAUGGUUUGGAACAUUUUGUCAAUAUACAUUUGAUGUAGAUUGUUCAUUUAAUCAAAUCGUUAAUAAGACAUUUACUAAAACAUAUUGGCAAAAAUCGAAUAUGGGUAUUUCCAUGGGUAUUCAACCAUAA